CGUAUUCUCAAAUCCAUUCUCUUCCCUUCUCUUCUUUCCUUUUCACUGUUCUUCCCUACCUCCAAAACCGUCGAUCCAAACAAACAUAAACGCCAUAUCUUUUUCUUCCCACAAAAGAAACUAAACUACAACACAAAUAGUGUAAAGGGAGAAAAAUAGCUCAAAAUUCUGACGGAAUGGCGAGACCUAAUCAAGAAGCAAUCGAGACGUUCAUGAGCAUCACUGGUCUACCUGAAGCUGUCGCUGUACAAAGGCUUGAGGGUCAUGGAGGUGAUCUCAAUGCAGCUGUUAAUGCACAUUUCAAUGAACGAGAUCGAAACAUUGGGCGUGAAGCAUCUUUUGUUGCUCCUCAAGAUGAUAUCGUGGAAACAGAUGAUCUCAUGGAAACAGAUGAUCUGCUUCCAACUGAACCUACAAGACCCUCUUUGCCACUUCCAUCUGUGGCAGGAGCUGUGAAUCCAUUUUCACUUCUGGAUCCAAGCUUCGGUAGAAGUUUAUUUGACCCUGGUUCUGAUCUUAUGAACAGUGAGCCAUUUGUUACUCACCCAAGGGAGGUUAGGGAGAUUCCUAUAGAGGUUAAGGAUGGUAAUGAGUCAUCAAGGCGCGCUGGCCAUGCCCCUGUCAUUGAAGAUGUAGCUGACACUGAUCAUACACAUGAUGAAGAUGUUCGUGGGACUGUUAUCAUUGGUGAUGAAGAUGACGAGAAUACUCCAGCUGUGCCAACCCCAAAGGUAGAUCCGCAAAAUGAAUCAAGAGAUGAUAGUUCUGAUAAUACUCAUAUUAGGCCAAGUGCUCCACUGUUUGAUAGAUAUCCAGACCAUAGAAAUGACAUAGAAGAAGAAAUGAUUCGAGCAGCUAUUGAGGCUUCGAAACAGGAUUUGGGUGAUUUUGGGUCUCCACAAAGGCAAUCUCACUUAGAUUCAGACCUUGAGCAUGCAGUCUCAUUGUCAUUGAAGACAACAGAGCAGGAGAAAUCAUUGCAUGAGCUGGGAGGAAAAGCUGGAGCUGAAGAAUUGGGAACCUCUAAUCCGGCUGAGGUGGAACUUGACAAAAUAGCUGUGUCAAAUGGAAGGAUGGAGGCAGGGAGUUCAUAUGUCCCAGAUGAAAUGGAAGAUGUGGAUGAGCAGCCUCUUAUUAGGCACAGGCCUCGAAGAAUGCCUUCUGGCCUUGUGGAAUUUGCUAGAGUAGGAGUUGUUGAGGAUAGUCCACCAUCAAGCCCUGGACUGCUUGAUACUGAUGACCAUCCACAGCGCAAUGGAGAUGCCUUCCCUUCUGAUGAGUGGGGAGGCCUCUCUUCCGUGGAGCAUGACGAAGCAGUCAUGCUUGAGGCUGCAAUGUUUGGCGGAAUACCUGAAGGGACUGGGUAUAAUUUUCCAUAUGCACCACAUCAGACCAUGCAAGCAUCUCGCCCUUAUCCUCGGCCAGUUCCUCGUCCACCAUCACCCCCUUUGGAAGCGCGUUUGAUACGAGAACAACAGGAUGAUGAGUAUUUAGCAUCAUUGCAAGCUGACCGAGAGAAAGAGUUGAAGACCAUGGAAGAAGCUGAAGCACGUCGUCUACAAGAAGAUGUGACUAGAAAAGCAGCUCUUGAAGAAGAGAAACAAAAAGAGGAAGAAUCUCGUAGGAAGUUGGAGGAACAGCAGGAACUUGAAAGGCUACUAGAAGCAAAAGAAGCUUCGCUGCCUCAGGAACCGUCACUGGAGGAUGAGAAUGCUAUAACCCUUUUGGUACGAAUGCCUGACGGAAGCAGACGUGGCAGGCGUUUUCUGAAGUCUGACAAGCUACAGUCUCUCUUUGACUUCAUAGAUAUUGGUAGAGGAGUCAAGCCUGGCACUUACAGACUGGUGAGGCCGUAUCCAAGGCGUGCUUUUAGUGUUGGCGAUAGCGCUUUGACGUUGAACGAACUUGGCCUGACUAGUAAACAAGAAGCCUUGUUUCUGGAAUUGAUUUGGGAAUGCCUAAGUGCUUCACAAUUGUAGAAAAUCACGUAUUUAUCAUUUGAGUUUGGUAUGAUAUGAAGUGAUGGAGGAAAUCUGGGAUUUCACUUGGGUUUAAGGUUUGGACGGUGCGCAUGAAAUUUAGGGUAGAUGAACAAAUUCAACCUGGCAUGAAAGGGUGGAAUAGUUAUUGGCGCUGCUGGGGAGUUCUUGUGUAUAUUUAUAUUUAUUCAUGAUAUGGAGAGAAAAAAUGAUAGAACUUCAAGUUUCUUGGUCAUGUUCAGGGAAUGAAUGACUGCCUCUACUGGAUUCUCUUGUGACU